GAGCCAGUCACUCUUGGUUGUUGGAGGAGGAGGCUGCUGGUCCACACAGAGAGUCCUUGUCGUCCUGGGGACAAAGAGCUGUUGAGUGAAUCAGGACCUGACACGGAGCGCUUCGUCUCCCACUCAUCGUCCUCUGUGUGGUUUCUUCAGGUUUCUUUCUGGGACGCCAUGAAGCACUGCCUCGGACUCUUCCUGCUGGUCUGUUGUGGGCUGCUGCGCCUGGGUUCUGGACUGAGCUGCUACAAGUGUGCUGAUUACACCGGAGUCUGUGAGAACGUCCAGCCGUGCACAGACGAAGACGCCUGCAUUUCUCUGAGUGAACGAGAUGGGAAAACCGUCCGUCAGUGUAUCAGGUACACAGACUGCAACUUCUCUCGCCUCGCCCAGAUGUUCCCGUCAUUCGCACAGUUCACCUACCGUUGCUGCACCACCAACCUCUGCAACUCUGGCCACGCGGUUGCCAAGGCAACGCCCCCCCUCACCCUGGUGGGGUUGCUGCUCUGCGUUUGGUCCUGGAUGUGAAACCUCCAGGAUCAACACUGUUUCUAAAGCAGUUUAAAAAAAUGUUCAUGCUAAUUUAAAAUAUGCUUUGUUUUGAUCAAGAUUUUUUACAAAAUUCAACUUAACAAUUUUUAACAUGAUCCAAGUUUACGGGCCUCAGACCGAAGCAGUUUUUAGGUGGACUGGCUCAUGGUCACAGGAUGUAAACGCUAAUGCUAAAACGUUUAAAUAUUUGUUUAUUGAUUUUUUUUUUUUUUUUUUUUUUUUUUUUUCAACAUGAAUGACCAGAAGCGCUAAUAACACAAACUAUAAAUGUGCUGAAGUCCCAGACUAACCAAACUUUAUUCAUUCAGACGUUAGAUGGAACGGGUCGGUUCUAGCUGAGGUGGAGCGCGAUUACAGGGGGUUUCUAUCCAGGAGGGAGAUGAGAUGACGAGCAGCUUCAGCUGUGAACCGUGGAUCUAAAACCCGGUCCGCAGCUUCGUGUGACCUACUAACACCUCUCUGACCCAGAGUUCAGUCCUGCAGGUGCAGCAGCCGCUCAGCAGUGGAACCACAAGGUGUCGGCCUGAUGGACGGGGGUCCAUCCGUGUGACGACCCUCUGCUCUGCUUCUUACUCUGGUCCUCAUCUUUUCUGUUGUAUAAUUAAAGCUUUGAGAACUAA